AUGGAGUUCUCUACCUACCUAGAAUCCAUACUUCUCUCCAAAGAGCAUCUUGUGAUUGCUGGUGACUGUAAUAUCCACGUCGAUGUCCCCCAUGAUCCUGACUCACUCAAACUACUAGAUCUUUUACAGUCUGUUGGCCUCCAGCAACACAUCACUGAGCCUACGCAAAUUCAGGGUCAUACACUUGAUCUCGUUAUCACCCGUUCUAGCGAUGACAUCUUAAAUAAGGUCCCUGUAGUUGAUCGCUUUAUCUCUGACCACGCAUCUGUUUAUUGUACACUUCAGUCCGACUGACCUUGCAUGACUACUAAGAACGUUGUCUACAGAAAGCUGAAAUCCGUCGAUCUUGAAUCUCUUAAGCGGGACUUAUCUGACUCCUUGUUAUGCAGUGAUCCACCGGAUCUGCGAGUGCAUCGUCACUCUGAAGAUCCACGUGACCUGGAUGCUCUUGUACGCAGAUACAACACUACACUUUCCUAAGUCACUGAUUGUCACGCCCCACUUAAGACUAAGACUGUGAAAGUUAGACGUGCAGUACCUUGGUACAACGACGAGAUAAAGGCCGCUAAACGCUUGGGACGUAAGGCUGAGAGAGCCUAGAGGAGAACGACAUCUGUGUCGGACUUGAAUAUUUUCAAUUCUUACAGAAAUCGCGUGACGUACCUCAUGAACCAGGCCAGGCAGGCAUUUUACACUAACUUUAUUGAUGAGAACAGCACAGACCAUAAAAGAUUAUUCAGAGCUACUCUGAAUAAUAAUACUCUCGCCCUUUCUUGCUAA